AUGGAGGAGGCGACCAGCCGUGCCAUGGAGAUUUUAACCCCCGACCGUGACCGCAACGUGGGCAUUGUGCUGAAGUUCAUACGGCUUCCGAUCCAGCAAAUCGAAGCGAGCAUACGCACCUUCGACACGCUGACCUUGGGCGAAGAGCGCGUUUCCGGCUUGCUGAAGAUUAUCCCAUCUGCCGAAGACUUGGAGGCGAUCAACCGUGCACGCAAGGCACACGGAAAGCCCUGGUCGCGGACGGAGCAGCAGGAGCUGCCGAUGGCGGUGCGCUUCAUCUUGAUGACGCAGACCAUCGACCACUACGCGGAGCGCAUCCACGCGUGGAGCCUCAAGUACAAGCUGCACGGCGACCUCGAAGACCUGGAGCAGAAGCUGGCGAAGGCGAACCGUGCCAUCGACGCCAUCUUCGACUCGAGGUCGCUGCCGGACAUGCUGUACUUUCUGCUGGAGGUGAGCAACUUCCUGAACAAGGGCAGCCGCUUCCAGGACGCGAAGGGCUUCCCGAUCACGCAGCUGCCGCAGAUCAUGGACUUCAAGACGACGGACGGCAAGAGCACGCUGCUUUCCUACGUUGCGGAGUCGCUGAGCUCCAUGGAGGCGUCGAACCCCUCCCAGGCCGGGAUGCUGCACAUCUCGGAUGAGCUAAUGCCGAUGGUGGAGGCGGGCCGCGAGAUCGACGUGCCGAGCAUCGAGCAGGAGCUGAAGAAGCUGCGCGGCCGUCUGCAGAAGUGCAAGCUGCUGAUUGAGGAGCUGAAGAACGACAGCCGCUGGACCACCGUGCUGGGCAAGUUCAUUAUUCGGGCGCUGCCGGAGCUGGAGCGUGUGGAGAAGCUUGCGGAGACGAUCGACGGCAAGAUGGAGCGUCUGUGCACGUUUCUGUGUGAGAAGAAGGAGACCUUCUCGCUGAACGAGGUGCUGCGCACGCUGACGAUGUUCUGCAAGCGGUUUGACCAGGAGCAGGAGAAGAUGCAGCUGCGGAAGGAGCGACUGGCAAGGGCGGAGGAUAAUCGACGCCGCCAAAGCGAUGUGGCUGCGGAGGCAAAUGCACAGCUGGCACAGGAGGGAGAUGUGAUCUCACCGUCGUCUUCCACUACGGUGCCUCGUCAGCGUCGGAUGAGCCAGCAACAGCAACAGCAACCGCCGCCGCCGCAGCGAUCACCACAACCGGAGCAGCGACGGCUGAGCGGUGCGAAAGCCACCCCUGUUCCACCAGGUACCAACAACAAUAAGGAUAGUCGCACGCCCGUGAGCAACAACAACGGUGCCACCACCACAACCAACGGUCACACAAAUCCCCAUAGCCCAGGCGCUCCCAGCAGCGGCAACGGUAACACCCGGUCCCAGCUAUUCCGGUAG